AAUUUUGUGGGGCAACGUGAAUUUUGCUUUCUAGCGUCGCAUCCCUAAUUUCACGCGAAACUCGGAAGAAACGGAAAGGGUUCUGCCAUGGCGAGCAGAGGAUCGAAGGGAUCCGCCGCUGCGGGUGGCAUCCUCAAGCCCUCUGAUCUGCAGAAGCUGAACCUCGAUCAGCUCAAAGCCGUGAAGGAGCAAUCCGAUCUCGAGGUUAAUCUACUCGAAGAUAGCCUCAAGAAGAUCAACGUCGCCGCCGCCCGCCUCGAAGCAGCUGCCGAGGCCCUCAAUGAUCUGUGCCUCCGACCUCAAGGGAAGAAGAUGCUGGUUCCGCUCACGGCAUCGCUCUAUGUUUCCGGGACGCUAGAUGAUUCUGAGAAGAUCCUUGUCGACGUUGGCACUGGAUAUUUUAUCGAGAAGACCAUGGCCGAAGGCAAAGAUUAUUGUGCCCGGAAACUUUCCUUGUUAAAAUCAAACCAUGAUGAGCUCUCAGAGAUGGCUGCCAAGAAGAAAAACGUAGCGGACGAAGCCGGUCUGCUACUGCAAGCAAAAAUCAAGCAGGCAUCGACAAGUGCGUAAAUUUUAGGAUUUAAGACCUACACCAACUUUAAGAGGUGAACCUUUGUACCUGCACCAGUUAUUAUUACAACUAUUUUUAUUACUA